UAUGGCGCUCACGUUUUUUGCAGGCGUGUGUAGUGUAGGACGUGGAGUUUUUUAUUUUUGGUUUUGAUUAGGCCCAAAUUAGGCCCCAACCCCUAAGCAAAAGAGCAUUAAUAUUUCAGAUAAGACUGCACAGGAGGUCAAGCGGUGUGCUGCUUCGAGUAGCUGCGCUCUAUCAGCUCCGCCAUAGCAGGUCUAACAGCAUGGCGGCUUCCACGAUGUGCCGCGUCCAGCUAACAACUGGGUGAGACGCGCGCUGAGCUGCCUCCACCGUACCACGCCGUACUUCAGCCGUACCUCGGCCGUGCCAUCGUCGUACCACAGCCGUAGGCCGUCGUCUCUAGUACGGCAGCAGCCAGCCAUGAGUGCUAAGGCCGACGUACAGCGCUGCGCCGACAUGCUGAAAAAGGCCGGCAGCGACACGGAAAAAUUCGCCGCCCUGCUCAUGGUUACCAAGCUGGUCAACGCCGCUGACUGCGGCGAGGAGGAGCGCAAACAGCUGUUUGACGCCAUCGGCUUCAAAUACCUGCUGCGGAUGCUGGGCAGCCCGGCGCCACCCGGCUGUCCGCCGGAGCUCUUCAGGUCGAUCGCGCUCACCAUUCUCAGCUGCUUCUCACAGGACGAGAGUGUGAGCGGCUCUCCGGCGAUGGCCGAGGCGGUGCCGCUCAUCUGCGACGUGUUGCGCGAGGCCAGCGGCGACGAGGAGCAGCUGGUGAUGCUCUCGGACGGCUACCAGUGUCUGGAGGCGGCGGCGCGCGCCGGCGGCCCCGCGCGCGCCGCGCUGCUCGCCGCCGCGCCCGUCACUCUGCUGGUGGACGUCAUCUGCAGCACGCUGUGCGGCGCCGAGGCCGCCUGGCGGCUGCUGCGGCGCCUGCUGCGGGCCGAGCGGGCGGCCGUGUGGCGCGGCCGGCCCGAGCUGUUCACGCGGCUGAUGCGCUCACUGACGAUGGACCUGCAGCUGGAGGAGACGGAGCAGCGCUGGACGCUGUGCGCCGACCUGCGCGUGGCGCUGCUCUCGGCGCCGGAGCCGCUGCCCGAGUCUGAGCCGGACCAGUGGCGGCGUCCGCUGCUGGACGCCCUGCUGACCAUGCUGACCAGCCGGCUGACGGCGCAGCAGCGCGGCCCCGUGCUGCUGCUGACCGCUGCUGUGGUGGAGGUGCUGGGCGUGCGGCACACGGCGCUGGAGCCCGACAGACAGCGCCAGCUCGUCAUGGUCUACACCAACCUCUUCUGCAUUGAGAUCCGGAUGGGUCUCGAGGACCGCACGCUGGCGCAGGCGGUGAAACACAGUGAGCUGCUCACCAGCUCGUUCCUCGUGCUGGAGAAGAUGUUCGAGAUGCUGAUCGGAGAGUCGCCGAUCGAGUUUGACGCCAAACAGCGGCAGCAGCUGAUCGUGGCGAUGCGCGGCGCGUGCGGUGCCGUCAUCACCUUCCUCACGGCUGUGAUGAAGGAGGACGCGCCCGAGCUCUCCCGCACGCAGACCAUGUUCAUCUACAGCUGCAUCCGCGUGGCGCUCGCCUGGCUGGCCGAGGAGACGGCGUACCCGGACGAGGUGUUGCACCUGGUGCCCUUUCUGCUGCGCAUGUGCACCGAGACGUUCGAGAUGCGGCGGCAGCAGUCGGCGGCGGCGGCGGCGGCCGAGGUGCCCGACCUGCUGCGGAUGCUGCUGCCGGCGCUCUGUCACCUGACCGCCGACGAUCGCGCCCGAUACGUGCUGCUCAUGCUCGACUGCGACCAGACGCUCAUCGAGUACUUCCAUCACCGGUGGGAGCUGGCGGCGCCUCUCCUCUCCCAGCCCCGCCCCGCCGCCCAGCUGGACGAUCCGCCGUCGGAGCCGGUCCAGGCUCUGACCACCGUCUGCGGCUGCCUGAUGAACAUUGUGGUCAUGGAGGCGGACCGGGUCACUGCCAGCUCCGAGUUCCUCAGCCUGCAGCGCUUCCUGGUGCAGCAGCUGGCUGGCGUGGACGGCUCGCACCUGUUGCUGCGCAGCAACCUGACCGUGCUGGGCCUGCUGCUGCUGCACCGGCACGCGGCGGCCGCCCGCCAGCACCAGACAGAGCUGGUGCGGUUCGCGCAGGCGGCCGUCCGCUUCCUCUGGGACGCGCACAACGUGGACGACUCGCUGAACCAGCAGUCGGUGGUGGUGGCCACGCGCUACCGCGGCGUCUGGGACGACCUCAAGGAGCUCUGGUUCCUCGGACUGCAGGUGCUCUCGCAGCUGGCGGCCGAGGUGGACUGGCUGGCCGAGUUCAUACUCGACAGCGGCUGGGUGACGGAGAUUGUCCGCAUGUUCGGCAGCGUCCGGUUCGGGUACGCCGAGGAGAGCGUCAUCAAGGCGUUCGAGGGGUUCCUGGUGUCUCUGGCUCGCGCCAGCCCGGCCGCCCUGGAGGCCGUGAAGGCCGCUGACGGAGAGAAGGUGUGCCGCACCCACCGGAUGCGCGAGCUGGCCGCCCUGGUGAAAAAGUAGCGCCUCCUCCGCUGCCGGCGGGCCGGGCGGGUGUUGUGUGCCGCCCUCCAGUCGCCGCUGCCGGGGAUGCCGCCGGUGAGUGUCGCAUUCAGUGCCUUCCGCGCCGCCAAAUGGAUGUGUCUUUCUAGUCAAACUGAGGCGACAGUGUUGUUUGUACUUUUGUACUUCCAGAGAGUGAGAACUGGGAAUCUCGCAGUCAGCUAGGCAGGUGGACAAUGCUCGUUUUUAUAGUAGUCUCAGAAAUUCAAUACGGCGCGAUAGGCGCCGUUUUCCGUGUUUCGGCGAAGUUUUGUUGUUAUACUCGUUUCACGAUAGGGUGGCCACUGGGUAGAGGAGACUGCUUUCUGAGAGUACAAACUGGCAAACGAUGCUGUCCGCGGCCGCCGGGUCGGGAGGGCCGUCGGACUGACGGCAGCUCCGGCCGGCCGGCGCCGCCGCUCUCUGCGCCAACCGCCCUUCUCACUAAGGCUCUUUGCACGCGGCGUUCUCUGUCACCUGGACACCUCGUUUGGAGGGGGCCCGGCGGUGGGGUCGGGUCGUCUCGCCGCCGGUCCGUGUGCGGGUCACCGCGCACGGACCGCCCCGGGCGCCCUGGCCGCUGCCGCCGGCACCGCCUGUCAUUCCUGAUGCCUGGCUGUUCUAGAACUCACUCCGUUUUGUGUGCCGUAGGUUUUGUGAGAGGGGCCUUAUCAAAAGACAGCGAUAACAUUGAUUUUCUACGUUCUGUUGUAUAUGCAUCAGCUGCGUGAAAUAAACAGUAUGGACCAUU